UUGGAAUCUGGGGAGCAAAGAAGAGAAAAGAGAAAAUGAGACUGUUGAAGAAGCAAGCAGCGGACGGAGCAGCUAGGGUUUUACUUCUACCUCUGAUUCUCUAGCCUCAGAAAAAGGCGGGCAUUUUCAGCUUAGUUCGAAGUCCUCCUUUCUUUUUCAUUACUGGUUGUGCUACAGGUUAGUUUGUUGUUCCAAGGGAAAGGGGGAAAAAAGAACUAAUCUUGACAAGGUUAUACAAUCAUACUACUGCUUGUAGCUUUCAUCUUCGACAUCCAGGAUUAAUGUUUGCUGCUUCUUGGAUCACUUGGGUAUUGACAUUUCUGUAUUGGGAGCUGUGUAGUGCUAGUAUUGGGUAGUUUUGUGUAAUGACAUCAUUGUCAUCGAAGAACUUAUGGAUACAGCGGCAGCAAUGCCCGUGUGGGGAUUGGAAAUGCUUUGUUACAUGUGAAGGCGAUAAUGAAGUGGCCGUAGUUGCCUCCCAGUUGGCGAAAGUGGAAGCGGCGUCGGCCGAGGCUAUGGUAGUCCCGUAUGUGGGCAUGGUGUUCAAGAGUGAUGACGACGCGUUUGAGUAUUACAGCAACUUCGCGAGGAAGAAUGGUUUCUCUGUUAGGAAAGAGCGCUCAAGAUUGAGCCCUCAGUUGGGUAUUUACAAGCGCGACUUUGUUUGUUAUCGGUCCGGGUUUGCGCCUGUGAGGAAAAAACCUAGUGGGGAGCACCACAGGGAUCGGAAAUCCGUUCGGUGCGGCUGCGAUGCGAAGAUGUACAUGUCGAAGGAGGUUGUGGAAGGCGUUUCGCAGUGGUUUGUCGUGCAAUUCAGUAAUGUUCACAAUCAUGAGCUGCUGGAAGACGACGAGGUUCGUCUCUUGCCUGCUUACAGAAAGAUUCAUGAAGCUGAUCAAGAGCGGAUACUCUUGCUAUCUAAAGCCGGGUUUCCGAUUCAUCGCAUAGUGAAGGUCUUGCAAUUAGAAAAGGGGAUUCAAGGUGGACAAUUACCAUUCUUGGAGAGGGAUGUUAGGAACUUUAUUCAGAACAGGAAGAAAGUUGUUCAAGAAAAUGAUGCUUUGCUCAAUGAAAAGAGGGAAAACGAUAUAAUGGAACUUCUGGAGGCCUGCAAGGCCUCAAAGGAGGCAGAUGAAAGCUUUAGUUAUGAUUAUAGCGUGGAUGAAAAUGAAAAACUUGAGCACAUCGCUUGGUCAUACAGUGAUUCAGUUAGUGCGUAUACCAUGUUUGGUGAUGUGGUGCAUUUUGACACGUCAUACCGAUCAAUCACUUAUGGUAUGUUGUUUGGGGCAUGGUUUGGCAUUGACAGUAAUGGCAGAAUGAUCGCUUUCGGAUGUGUUCUGUUGCAGGACGAGGCGCCUCGAUCAUUUGCCUGGGCUUUACAGAGUUUUGUCCGGUUUAUGAGAGGAAGAAGUCCUCAAACAAUCUUAACUGAUCUAGACCCAGGCCUCAGAGAUGCAGUUAGGGGCGAACUACCAAACACAAGACACGUUACUUGCAUAUGGAAUAUUUUGCCCAAGGUAUCAAGUUGGUUCUCUGUUCCACUUGGAUCUCAAUAUGCAGACUUCAGAUCUGAGUUUGAUGCAUUGCAUUGUGUAGAGAAUACAGAGGACUUUGAGUUACAGUGGAAUGAAACGGUUUCUCGGUUUGGACUGGGUUCAGAUAAACACAUUGCUUUACUUUAUUCAAUUAGGACUUCUUGGGCUUUGUGCUAUACGAGGGGUCACUUUCUUGCUCGAAUGACAACUGUUGCAUUUUUUAGAUCUGUAGAUUCAUUCCUGAAAGGGAUCUUUGGCCCAAAUGCAUGCUUGCGUAGCUUUUUUGACCAGGUCGGAAUAUCGGUUACUUUUCAAAACCAGUCACACCAUGAAAUGCAGUAUAUACCUUCCAAAGCAUGCAUUCCAAUGGAAGAGCAUGCUCGAGGCAUUCUAACACCUUUUGCAUUCAAUGUUUUGCAAAAUGAACUCGUGCUGGCCAUGCAAUAUGCCUUGUCUGAAUUGGCUGAUGGCUCCUACCUUUUACGCCAUUAUAAGAAGAUGGAUGGUGACUGUCUUGUCAUGUGGAUACCAGAAGAAGAGCAUAUUCACUGCUCAUGUAAGGAAUUUGAAUCUUCAGGGAUUUUAUGCAGACACGCCCUUUGUGUUUUUGUUAGAAAGAAUUACUUUCAACUUCCCGCUAAGUACUUCAUUACUAGAUGGUGCCGAGAAAGCUCUAUAACAUGUUAUGAUGAAGCUGCUUCUCAAGAUACCGACGAUGAAUGGUUUCGAGAAUAUCAGUCCCUCAGCGAGUCACUGUUCACAGAAUCAUCGCUUACAAGGGGGCGUACCAAUUAUGUCCGCAGGGAAUUAAUGAAAGAAGUCAGGAGGAUCCUUGAAGAAGUUAGGAGCAUGCCAGAGACCGAUGGCAUCGCAGUGGAUUUGACACUUUCUCCAACUGGAUGAUCUUUCUGAUGGAUUGACUCUAUUUCUGUGGUCGAGCGCGAGAGGGAGUGGACUGUACAUGCAGGGACUUGCUAUAGACAUCAUUACUCUGCAAUCGCCCGUUGGUGGCUCCGAGUGAAUCACUCCUGAAGCUGAAGUUAAAGAACCAAAGAUGAUGACAUGGGCACGAGGUACUCUUCGCACAAUUUGUAAUAGAAAAUACCUGAAGUAGAUCAGCUGCAUUUCACCAACAAAGAUGAAUGUCUUGAUGACAAAGCUUAAUUAUUUUUUUCUGUUUUUCUGUUUCUUUUGUGAAUCUUCUUGAAAGUGCGAAGCAAUUACAGCAGCAAAA